GCUGUUUCCUGUUCAGUCAAGAGAAGACAGCCGCAAAAUACUUUCUGAUAAAUAAGUGUUUCUUCACAACGAAUGUAAAUUGACAACUUUAAAAGAGAAGAGGAAAACAUGCAGGAGAUGUCUGGAGGAUGCUACUCAAUGUUUUGAGCUACUUUUAACUGGAUUUGUUAAGUGGAGCUGCAAAUUCAAGCACGGCGGAGACUAGCAGACUUGACUGUACACAAUUUGUUGGCAGCCCUCUUUAAAUAUUUUGGAUAACUCUUUGGAACAAUAAGGGACAAUUUUGAAAAUUAUGUGUUUGGAGCAGCCAGACUGAAAUAUGGAAUAUUUGUCAAUCUACAGUGUGUUGAAGCAGCAAUUACACGUACCAGUUUUGUGCGAAUAAACUUUGACUAGAUAUAUUUUUCUGAUUAGAAACAUUUUUGAAACGGAAUAGAAAGUAAAAUACUUUACGCGAGCAAAAUGGAGGAGACGGUGAGAUACAUCGCUGCGUUUCCUUACAAGAAGAAAGCUCCACAAGAUAUUGAGAUGCUGGAAGGGGACAUAAUGCAAGUGAAGAAUCCCACUAAGAUGGCUUGCUUCAAAGGGACCCUCGAGGAGCCGACAGGGUGGUUGGAGGGCGUCAACAUGAGAACCCAAGAAAGAGGAAUCUUCCCAGGGACGUUCGUCAAGUACUUUGUAAUGCCCCAAGAGGUCCCCCCCGUCAUGCGGGACAGUGCUGACUCUACAACCAGACUGUCUAUAACAAGGUCACACCCUGUGAGCACAGGACGGCCUCCCCCAAAGUUAGUACCUCGCUCGCCAACAGCUACCAAGUCUGUCCAGAAGCAGAGGUCACCUCGAAAUCUGUCAAAGCAGUUUUGGGAUUUUCAAAAACCUGAUUCUGGUAAUGGUCACAGGCUAGUUGAGCAAGGAUUGGUCACACCUGUUAUGUGCAAGCACUGUGAUGACUACAUAUGGGGCACAGGCAAGAUUGGACUACAAUGUGAGGAUUGCAACCUCAUGUAUCACAGGACCUGUGGACAAUAUGCUAAUAACUAUGAAUGUAAUAAGAAUUUAAGUGGCUACACGCAAACCAAUAGGGAGAUGCCAAUGUCUAAAUGGACUGUUGAAAAUGUCUUGAAUUGGAUGGCUGUAACUCAUCUGCAUCGCUACGCCGAUGUCUUCAAGAAACAUCAAAUAGACGGACAGUAUCUGAUGGAGCUAAACCUGGAGAAACUUGAGGCGAUAGGGAUAAAAGACGUCUUCAACCAGCAAUGUAUCCUUUAUACGAGAGAUGAACUUGUAAAAGGAGAUUCCAGACAGCAUGGAGUUAAAUCAGAACCAGUAACGGAAGUGUUGUACCCCUCCUCGCUGCAUAAACUUCAACCGAGCACAUUCUCAACGCUACAAUGGUGCGACCAGUGUAGGAAAUUCAUGUAUGGAAUGGCGCAUCAGGGUCUAAGAUGCACAACAUGUCGGUUGAUAUGUCACAAAAGCUGUGCUGCAGUUGGACUUGCCAAGUGUGAAUCAAGCCACUUCAUGUCAAGACAACAAAUCUUCCAUAACGGGAAUAUUUUCGGAGUGGAGCUAUCGGAGCAGUUUACAUUGUCACAGCCUGCUCCACCAUUUAUCAUCAAAUGCAUCGAAGCUAUCGAACACCAUGGUUUGGAGAUUCAAGGCCUUUACCGUCUACCGUGUACUAUGUUGGAGAUUAAUGAACUGAAGAGUCGGUUUGCCUUGAAGUUAGACAGCGUCGAUCUGAAUGGGAUCAGUAAUGUCCACUGCAUCACAGGAUUAGUUAAGCAUUAUUUGAGAAUGCUACCUAAUCCAGUUAUAGAGUACGAGAUGUACAACGACUUUAUGUGUGCCAAUGCUAUCUACGACGAGCCCAAAAGAUUGACCAAGCUGUUAGAGUGUGUAUCUAAGAUGCAGUAUCACCACCGGUGUACACUGUCGUACAUCAUGGCUCAUCUAUGUCGGAUCUGUCAGCUCAACACGGCCAAUAACAUCUUCCCCAAGCAUCUAGCCUCAGUGUUCUGUCACUCGUUACUACAACCUCCACAUGAUAAAAUCAUGCAUGUGAUCCACAAUAUGGAAGCUCAUAAGCGACUUCUAGUGACAUUGAUAGAGCAGAAUGAGUACUGGGGUGUUCAGCAGCGACCGCCCAUCAUUAAUCAGUCAGAUGUCCCACCUGUACCCCCGAGACCUUCUCAACCUUCGCUCUCAUCUGAACCACGGACCAUUGAAGAAGCGGAAUGGUACUGGGGAGACAUCUCAAGAGAGGACGUGAAUGAAAAGAUGAAAGACAUGCCUGACGGGACGUUCUUAGUACGAGACGCUGCCAGUAACCCUCUGACGGGUGACUACACGCUGACCCUCAGGAAGGGUGGCAGUAAUAAACUAAUCAAGAUCUGCCACUCCAACGGACGCUAUGGCUUCUCGGAACCACUCAGGUUUGUGUCCGUGGUAGAGUUGAUUCAACACUACGGCCUCGUUCCCCUCUCACAGUACAACGCUAAGCUGGAUAUCAAGCUGACGCUACCGGUGUCCAAGAAAGAUGCAACAAUACCAGACAUGCCAGAUGGAAAUAUUGACAUGGUCAUCAACAAACUGAAGGACAAGAAUAGAGAGUAUCUAGAAAAGACUCGGCAAUACGAUGAGCUGUAUGAAGAAUAUAGUAAAUCAUUACAGACCAUCCAGCUGAAGCGUCAAGCCCUAGAGGCCUUCAACGAAACCGUCACGGUCUUCACGGAACAGCAGGAGCUCCACGAACGCUAUCAUAAAGACUGCCUCCCUCAGGAAAGAGAACAGCUGAUGGAGAACUUUGCCCUGUUGCAGCAACGCCUGGGGGAGAUCGUAGCGAGUCGGAAAGCCCUGGAGGAGGAGCUGAAAAUGGAGGUGGAUGCCAAUCGGGAGAGGGAUCGCACCAUGAACAGCAUCAAACCGCAGAUUCUGGACUUGCGCAAGUUGAGGGAUCAGUAUGUCAUGUGGCUAGGCACUCAAGGUGUGAAACAAGACAAGAUUAAUGCCUGGCUUAGCAUGGAGAAUCUAGACAAUGAGUCUUCGACAGAUUCAGACUCCUUACCUCACCAUAAUGAGAGUCUAUGGCUCUCUCCAACGGUAACAAGAGCUGAAGCUGAGGCCCUACUGUGGGGUAAGGCUAAGGGAACAUUCCUCAUCCGGCAAACACGGCAAGGGAUCGACUGGGCUUGCUCUAUUGUUGCAAAAGCAAACGGUGAAGUCAGACACUGUAAGAUCAACCACACGCAGACUGGCUAUGGGUUUGCGGAACCGUACAAUCUGUAUAGCUCCCUCAAGGAACUGGUGCUAGCCUACCAGCAGAAUCCAUUAACACAACACAACGAGGAGCUGGAUACCACACUAGCCUAUCCAGUCUACGGGCCUCAACCGCCGCCGGAUAUGUCUUUGAAAUUGUUAUAACUGUGAGGAUUUAUUAUUAAUUAAUUAUAGAAAUGUAUUUUGAAAGGAUGUCUUAUUUUGAAGGAAUGCUUGGGAACAAGAGUGCAUUUCUGUCGGGAGAAAUUUUAAAGAAAUUUAUUACUAAUUAACAGGCAGCUUGUAGUCUUCGAGCUAAACUGGAAGAUUGUACGAGACGUCUGUACUAGUUUGUGGGAGGUCUUGCGUUCCAGUGUAGUUGGUGCCAUUAUUGGAUUUCUGGGUGCUAUAUGGUCGUUAAUUGCAAUUUCAUAUUUUUAAUAACCAAAAGGGCGUUAAAGGCACUGGACACUUUUGGUAAUUACU